AUUGAAUAAGUUAGGUUAUGUUAUGACUUAUGAAUCGAAUUAUUGUCAAGAAAAAGUUAAAAUAUUGACCUCAAAAAAGUUAAAGAAAUUUAAUUAACUACUAUCAAUAUGCCACCCCAAGAAUGUAAUUCACCAGAUUUGGAUGAAAAGAGUAUUGAAAACAUUGUAAAAUUUGUAUCUGAUAUAAGGACAGGCAAGCUACAAGGAUCUAAUAAGAUUGCUGUAGCCACAGUUUCCCUUCUAGAGCAGAUUAUCACAGAUGCAUCAAAUACUAGUGCGUUAUUGCUUGUUAACGCAGUACGGGGUACUGGGCGUCUCAUAACAAAGGCACUGCCGCAGGAGCUCAUUGCUGCAAAUAUGGUGCGUCGCGUAUUGCGAGCGAUACGAGACGAGCAGAGAGCCUUGGCCAAUCAGAGUAGUGAAUACUCAGGUGAUUCACUACAGCGUUUGGUACUAGCAGCACCAAGUCGCAGGGCGACUUUACCUUCUAAUCACGACCUGAGGGAGCCUAUACGAGAUCAUAUAGCCGAGCUUCUUGGAGAAUUGGAAGCGAGUAGAUCCUCAAUAUGUGGACAAGCAAAGGAACACAUACAUGCAGAUGAAGUGAUAUUGACAUAUGGAGCAAGCAGUUUAGUUGAAAAAUUUCUUAAAUCAUCAGGAACCAAUAAAAUGAAGAUAUUGCUUGUUGAGGGACCGAAGCAUGCAGAGAGUGCCGCAAUGGCAGUCAGGUUAAGUACGCAGGGUCUUAAUGUGACCCUUGUCAAUGGUGCUGCUGUUGGAGCCCUAAUGCCAAGAGUGAAUAAGGUUGUCAUAGGUGUCCGAAGUACCCUAGCUGGAGGUGCUGUUUUGGGUGAUGGUGGACUUCUAGCUGUGACCACAGCUGCUAAACAUUACAGUGUGCCUGUGAUAGCACUGUCACCUCUAUACAAACUGUCACCACUGCACUCGUGUGACCACACCCACUUCAACGCCCUUUCGCCUCCGUACACCGCGCUUCCGUAUAUGAGUGGUGAGAGUGCUGUGGCUCAGGUAUUCGCGCCCAUGUGCGAUUGCGUCCCGCCAGACCACGUGAAUCUAUUUAUCACCAAUUUAGGUGGAAGUUCGCCGUCAUACAUCUACCGUUUGCUCUCGGAAUUGUAUGACCCCAAUGAUUAUCAAAGAUCGUUGGAUAGCGUGGCAUCGCCCGCAGCUUCGGCGCAGAUCGAUAAAUUUGGUACCUAUGGCGCAAGCAGAAUGAGUCAAGGGGGUUCUCGUCGGCCCUACUCACGCGGUGGCCCGCGUUGGCACCCUCGUUACAAGGACUAUUGGGACUACGAGCAGAGUUAUAGCGAUGCAAGCAGUGCGGGUAGUCCGAAAGAGGCAUGCGUGGCCAACUCUCCACCACCACACCAGCAUCCCGCCCCAGCCAAAAGGCAGCAGCACCAUCCGCACCCACAUCACGAUCAGAGGCGACUUAGCGUUGAGGUGCGCGUGAGUCCCGGCGCAGCUGGUACGUCGGCCGAGUCUCCACACAUUCACCAUCCGCCUCAUCAUCCGCCUCAUCAUCAGCCUCACCAUCAUCAUAAUAUGGACACGAAUCCCCUGGAAGGCCCCGUAGAGUCUAUGGUCAGUGGGGCAGGAUCAUCUGAUGGUGAAUUGUCAAGUAAAGCAGGAGACAGUCCCAGUAGGAAACGAAGGCGGAUAUGCAGACAUAUAUCAUCGGGUGAAAGUAACGUAUCAGUGCCAACGCCGACUGUCGAAAGACGGACGCCCAGACAUCAUUAUCAACCAAGACGUCGCGUACGCUACAUGAGCGGCGGCAACGGCGGUGUGUGUACACACCAGCGGCUGAUGGAGCAUACGCCACACCCUCCGCACCCACCACACCCCGCGCAUCUGCCGCACCCUGGCCCAUUGCUACUGGAUAUUAACCAGAUGUCGCUUCGUGGCGCGAGGUUAAACGCGCUCGGAGGGGGCGUGGCGUGGCCUCACCACGCUCACCCUCACCCACACCCACAUCCACACCCGCACCCGCACGCGCAUGCGCAUGCGCAUCCCCACGCGCACGCACACAGGGACCACCCGCAGCGGACUCAGAUGGGCGGAAUGUACGCGGGCCUUCAGUACCAUGGGACAUUCCCCCCGCCGCCGCCCCGCGGGCCUUUUGCCUCACCCCCGCACCCGCAUACCCACUAUAUCGCCAAUUCACAACGCGCGGAAGGUGGACGCCUAGAUGUGUUGGGUGGAGGCGAAGGCACACUGUCGCCUCUUCAAGCCACGCCUGAUCUUCAUCACGCUCCACUCUUGUUGGCUACAGAGGCCCAACGAGCUCCAAUAGAGCUGAUGGCGUCACACGCGAGGCAUGCGCUGUCUCAUCACCAUCAUCAUCGUCGCAACGGCGUAGGGCCCCAUGCGCAUGCGCAUGGCGGUGUGGGCGUAGUUGGGGCGGGAUCUCGCGGACGUCCGUACGUCCGCACCGCGCCCAGAUGGACGCCGCACCCGCAUACCGUGCAUCACAUACACGCACAGGGCGGAGGCGGUCUUGUUAACGCAUUACCUCAGUUACACGUCGCAUCGCCGUUGUCUUUGCCGCCACCACCGCCUACCUACCAGGUGUUCCUGAAUCUCCUCGCGAUGUUCCCACUCUCCCCUUACGGGGAGGCGCGGGGGGAGGACGGGGCAGACUCGCCCGAGACGGAGAACUACGAGGCGCUGCUCUCCCUCGCCGAGAGGCUGGGCGAAGCGAAGCCGAGAGGACUGGCGAGGCACGAAAUCGAUCUGCUGCCCAGCUAUAAGUACUGCGAGCAGACGCAUCAAGGCGAACAAACAUCGUGCGUGGUCUGCAUGUGCGAGUUUGAAGCUCGUCAGACGUUACGUGUGUUGCCUUGUGCGCAUGAGUUCCACGCGAAGUGCGUCGAUAAAUGGCUACGGUCGAACCGCACCUGCCCAAUAUGUCGCGGCAACGCGUCGGAAUACUUCAACAACUCCGAGUGACUCUAACGAAAGUCGCCGAGCGCGACCGAACCACCAAAUAACGAACGGUUAUAUUUUUUCAUAUCAGUGGAUUCCUAUAUUUAACGGAUGUAUUUGUUUAAUAGUGCAGUAAACGUACCGGUAUUUUGUAAACAUAGAUGAAAUAUACCGGGUGUUUUAAUACUGUUAUUAAAAUAUCGAUACCGAAAUCGAUAUUUAUGUUUAAUUUUCUUUUAAGGGCAACAUCGGCCAGUCAUAAACUAAAUAUAAACAGAGUUUUUGCAAGUUUCUUAUUCAGUCUUAAGACACCUGGUAUAUUUAAUCGGUAUUUCACAGAUCGGACUUAAUACCGGUUUAUUGUAUAAAUUGUUGUUUGAAAAACCGGAUAUAUGAUUCUAAAAAUGUCAAAUGUCUAACCAUGUGUGAGAGAGUGAAAUGUCAUUUAUGAUACGCGUUUGUCAAUUUUGUCGUGCGAAUCAACGAUUUUUAACCGUAAAACCGUUACUAACCGGUAUCAAAAUUUUGACUAAUUUUGAACCCCGCUAGAUGUCUAUUAGUUAUUAAAAUAGUUUUGAAAUUAGACAAAAUCUGAAGAAAAAAAAAUAUUUUGUAAUUUACGGUUUUCUGGACUAAUCUCGUUAAAUAGAAUUUCAACUGAAACAUACAGAUAACUUAAACGUGAAUAUCGUAAAAAACAACAUUUUUGAAAUCGCUUCAAGUUGACGCUCGAUUUUCAACAAAUUUUAUACAAAAUACUCCAAAUUUUACAAUUUACUACCGAAACGCUUGUUCUAUGAUUAGGAAAAAUCUCUCUCUCUAUCUCCAUGUAGCUACUUUCAAUCCUACGUAUUUUCUGCCGUUAUAAUGGUCGUAUCGUAACGAACUCGUUAUUGAAACGUUAACAAAUCGUAUGUACAAGACAGAACAGGCAAAAUUUGUUCAAAUACGCUAAUCUGGCAAAUAUUGUGAGGACACUUGCUUCUAUCUGCGUAUAAAUUUAAGAACACAUAAAGAGAUCUGUGGCUUGUCAGAUUUGACAGUUGAUCGUUGUGGUUCUGUCAAAGUCAUAUCGGUAAAGGAACUUCAUGGAUACACUUUGACUAGUUAAGUUUUAAAUUUUUUUUUGAAGAAUGGUUUUUAUAUUUUUCGUUUGUUUAAUUUCAUACAGUUGCCAUGGUUUCGGUUAUUUUUGUUUGUGGUUCUGUUAGUUACCGUGCGGUAGGGUUUUGGUGUAUCACAGCUUGUGUGUGGUUAUAGCGAUAGUGUAAAUAGUAGUAUAAGUUGCUUUUUUGUGGGUAGAAUUUUUUUUGUUUAUGUUUCUUCGGGUUUGUAUUCGACCAGGCCUUCGGAAUUCUUGUGUAUUAAAGUUUUUAUGGCAUAACGCAAAAAUUUUCUAAUUUGAUUAAAAUUUCAGUAUUAGGUAUCAGUUUGGUGUUGUGUUAAAUAAAUGUCAAAUUUGCAGUUUUCACCCAAAACUUUUCAAUCGUCUAAUAAUUCGUAUUCUAAAUGUAAUUCGCGAGCAAUAACUAGUUUUAAGAUUCGUACUGACAAGAAAUUCUUAAAAUUUUAAUAGUGACGUAAACUUAGCCGCGGAUAUUAUAACGGCGCAAUUUUGUAAAAUGUGUAAAUUGUCAACUUCUAAAUUAGCUAAGUCACUCGAUGUAUCGUUGUCACGUUGACAAUAUCCUAGCGAAUGAAAUUUGGACUAUGCCAAGUCAGCUGUCAGUUAUGUGUCAAUUAUGUCGCACCAGAAUGGCUCUGUCAACUGUCAGCUGUCAUUGUUAUUGAGUUGACAAAUCGUUUUAAAGAUAAAAUGUUCAUAGAUCAAGCAGACGUAAUAUGAUUUCGUAGACAUGGAAUGGUUUGAAUGAUUCAUACAAAAGUAUAAAGAAAAUCGUUCCUUAUCUAGUUCACAGAUUUGGAUAUACAGAUCUUUCGAACCGUUACAUUUCUAUGGAAAUUACCUAUAAUGUAUGUUAAAAUCGAAAGUUUUAGUUAAAGUUACUCCAGUUUUCAUAUUUCACGAAACAUUGCUUUAUUAAGACAUUUCAAAUUACAAAUAUAUUUCAAAUACGCUGACACGACAUAUAAAAUAAAAUAAUUUCCGUAUAGUUUAUGUUGUAUGAGGGUAGAAACACAGGCCGGCAACGCAUCCACUAAUGUGAGUGUCACGGUGUCAAAGAAAAAAGAAAACUUGUGUAAUUCGUUUUAAAUAUUAAAAAAAAUUUAAAAUAUCUGUUUUUGAGCGUUUGAAGUCGGCUUGUUUUUUAACAACACCGUCUUGUGCAAUAUUAGUUUGUGCAAUGGAACUUUUAGAUAUCAUUUGACCAAGUUAUCGCCAUAUUAUAUGAUUUUAAGGAAUAUUUUUUUGUUAAGUUUACUGUACUCAGUUAAAUCACCGCUCAUUACUAUAUACAGGGUGGGUUUAUAAAUCAACGUCUUAGUCGAUUAAGAAACUGUUUAUUCCAAACACUUUUUUCCUACACACAUUUUUACAGGUCUAAAAUUAAUUUAAUAUUUUUCAUGCCUGGCAACAUUCUGUCUGACCAUUCUCCCGACUUGACGUUGAUUUAUGGAUUUGUGAAAAACUUUGAAUGUGACUGACAUCGUUGUAUACUACUGUUAAAGUCUGGGAUUUCUCACACCUGGAGUUGUUCUAUUAAGGGUCUUAUGGUCCUUCAAGAAAAGAGCGUACCAAUUCCCAAAAGGCCGGCAACGCACUCGAGAGCCCUCUGGCAUUAGAGUGUCCAUGGGCGGCGUUUGACCCUGUUCGAUAAAAAAAAAGUUUAUGCUAAGUCUCGAAUGUUACCCUUGAAUUACAAAUUGACGGCACAUGAGCACUAACAGCCAAUUAAGUAAAACCAGUAGAAAACAUACGGCCCGUAAUAAUUACGAAUCGUUUUCUGUCAGGACACGAAUUCGUCAUACUACUUAAUGAUUUAUGUGUAAUAUAGGUUUAAAUUAGUUAAUUUGUUAUCGUAGUAAAUUAUAGUUUUUUUUUUUCGAUAAGAUCCUAAUUUGUUUAUUUGAUUUGUUGUAUAAUGCCCCAAGCAGACUUGCAUUCCGCACACUAUGAAAGCCGAUUACUAAAAUCUAAAGCCUAGAUCUUCAACUUCAGACCUAGAUUUGGAGUUUUGCGACGGAUCAGCAAUUCUAGAUCUAGCUAGCACGUGGAAGCCACAUUCAGUGAGCGUGGUGGAACUUGGGUUAAGGUUAUAUACAUUAAAGUUACGCGUAUAUGUAUCAAGUGUGUGUAUAUAAAACAUUUAAAGUAUGUGUUAAGAGUGAUAGGUUAAUGAAUUGCGCCUAUAUUUAACGUUCAAAUUCGUCUUCCUAACAUUGUUUUGGUCGUGUUUGCAAUGCGGCCGUUCCACGCGUUUUAUUUUUUAGUUUAAAUGUAUUCGUUAGUUUAAGUUUUUUAUGUGCCUUCUUGCGAACAAUUAUUUUUUUGUAUUUUUUCUCUUGUUUAACAGUGUUUACAGUAAAUUGUCUAUAUCGGCUCGGAAUUGAUGAUUUGAGUUGAAAUGAAAACGUCGUUUAUAGAUAAGUUAUUGUUUACUUUUUGAUUAUUGUGUUAGAUUAUUUUUAUUUCUUAACGCUGUUCAGCUAGUUAUUAAUCUGUGAUUCAGCUACUCUGUGGCAGCUGUCAAGUUUUCGUUUUGACAGCUGUCACUCGCCAGCCAAUUACCAAAGCAUGUAAUGUACAGUGCGCUCAAACGGAGUUGAUACUUUGACUCUGGAUGCGCGGCGUCCGCCUCAUUAUGCUCAGUCGUUUUUAUUUUAUUAAAUGCACUGCUACUUUAA